AUGAAGACUUCGACGAUCGUGUCAAUAUCUGUCGGGACAGUAGUCACCGGGCUCGUUGCAUAUGCCGUGUACUUCGAUUACCGGCGGAGAAACGACCCUGAGUUUCGGAAAGCUCUAAAGAGAGAAUCGCGCAGGCAAGCUAGGAUAGCCAAGGAAGAGGCCGAGUUCCAAGGGAAACAGAAACGGGAAGAGAUCAAACGAACCGUCCAGGAAGCAAUUGAAGAGGGCUUCCCUACAGACAUCGAAGAGAAGGAGGCUUUCUUCAUGCAACAAAUCGCACAGGGGGAGGCUAUGGCCGGUGAUGGUUCUGACCCUAUUGGCGCUGCUCUUUGCUUUUACAAGGGCCUCAAGGUCUACCCCGAACCACAGUCACUGAUCGGUAUCUACGAUAACACCGUUCCCAAAGAAAUCCUCGAAAUCCUCGCAAUCAUGGUCGCGCAAGAUAAGAACCUCAAGGUCGGCUCCUUUGGCGCUGGUAGCGAAGGAUCUGACAGUGGGCCCGGCGUCGAAUAA